ACUCUACAAGUUGCUAUUCUCAAUCAUCUUGAUACCAGUAAUUGAUACCGACUAUAAAGUAUCGUCCAAAGCCGCGAACCACUACUGGAUAUGAGCGUUCAGGUUCUUUGUUAAGCGUAAAUUUGUUAAAGAUGGAAACCGAAGAGCGCAUUGGUGACCAGCAAGUUGCUCAGACCACGAUCAUCAAGUCUCUUCUUACAAAGCUGCGGCUGUCUGGUGGCAAGAUUAAGCAUGAGAAGUCGCCUUCUCCAAUUCAUGGGCAAGUCAUCCUUGAUACUCCCAACCAGGGAAAGCAAACCGACCAGCAGGACCGGAUUGGAAGGACGUCUACCGGUGUGAGUCCCUUCGAGCUCAGCCGCGGCUUGCCGCCAUCUCAGAGACCUUCACCAUCUCGACCGACGCCUACACCACCACCGCAACCGCCACCACAUCAAAAUGCCGUAACAAUUUCAGAAAGCACUCCAACCGCCGUUUCAAACGUCGGAAACAACAUCAGCUCGGGUGGUUUGACUCCGCCACAACAAAGCCUCGAAGCUGCUCUCGCAGCUCAACAAAGCUGGGGCAGCCCGCGAUCUGAGCCCGUUAGGAGUGAUGCUGGGGCCAGCGAGGUCCUGCGCCAUCUGGGCAGCCCGCUGUACCCAAGCAGCCUGACCCCAAGCCUCGGCGGCAGCAGCCACUGCAGCAACAGCAGUGGCGGUGGCGGCUUGAGUGCACGCAGGUGUGGUCGUCCCGCCGGUGUACCGCCCCUUAACCUAGAUCGCCUGGCAGAUGGCCGCAGCGGCAGCCGGCAGAGGCACGCCCCAUCGCCUCCCCCCGGCUCCGCCCAUCAACCGUACGACACCCCGCAACAGCAACAACCGCCGUACGAGCAGCAGCUUCGUGAGGUGGUUGCGGAGCUCGACGAGGAGCUCGCUGGCUGGGCUGCUCCCGCCAAGUGGAACCCGAGCAGCCAGGGCCGCUGGUACAUCUACCCGCCCAUCGGCCGCAAGGAUGUUGCACCGGUUGAGGCGCUGGUGGGCUCGCUGCCUCCCAGCCAGGCGGCCGCUGUGGUGCUGCUGUGGCGGCAGUACGCGGCCGCCCGCUACAGCGCCGAGCUCAUGGCGGGUCGCGCGGUGCGGCUGUGCAGGGAGCUGACGCGCGAGCUGGGCGAGAGCCGCGCGGAGGCGGAGGAGGGCGCGGCGAGGCUGGCGGCGGCGGAGGCCAGGGCGGGGCAGACGAUCAUGCGGCUGCAGGAGCAGCUAGAGGAGGCACGUCGCACCGCAGCCGCAGCAGCUGCCGCAGCCGCCGCGGCUGCCGCCUCAGCCUCCAAGAGCGCGGCGCCCUCGCACCACCGCCCCACCUGCAGCCCCUACGCCCAAGCCAACUCCACCUACGCCAGCCCCACGCGACACCGCAGCACCACCACCACCACCACCACCACCAACACCGCCACGACGACCGCCAACACCACACCCGGCGCGCCCUCGCCCUCGCCCUUCAGCGCUGCCUACGGCGGUGUCGCCAGCGGUCGCAUUGCUGCUGCUGCUCACUGCUCGCUGCUGUCUACCUCGGAAAGCAGCGGCCUGGAGGCUGUGGCUGCUGCUGCCGCGGCGGCCGCUGCUACUGCUGCCAGCACCUCGCGGCUGGUAGCGGAGAAUGAGGAGCUGGCGGCGCAGUUGGAGCAGAUGAGGGCGCUGUUUCUGGAGGCGCAUGAAGACAGCCGAGCGCUCCGCGAGGCGCUGCAGGAGGUGGACGAGCAGAACGCGGCGCUGGCCGAGCAGACCAGCGGCAUGCGGCGGCACGCGGCGGAAGUGCUGCGGGAGAACGAUGUAUUGAGACACGAGGUGAGCCGCCUGCGCAGCCUGCUGACGGCGGUGACGGCGGGAGAGGCCGCAGCAGUGGCAACGACGCCAGUGGCGGCGGCGCCGCCGACAACGACGACGGCGGGAAGUGGUGGAGUGAAGCAGCGUCGGACGGUGACGGCGGUACGGCAUAGUAGUUCGGCACAGCAGUUGGAUGUGAGCGGCGGCGAGGUGGCUGCUUCGUUGCCGGUGGUUGAUGCGAACGGUGUCGUGACGUCGCCGACGCCGCCGGCGUCACGACAGCUAACUCCGACUCAUAUUCCUGCUGCUGCUGCUCUUGCUACGCCUGCGGGAGGGCCCAUUCGCUCACCCACUCCACCUUCUUCUCAGCCGCCGUUCCAGCAGCACCCACAGCCGCUACCAGCGCACUUGGGCCGUUCGCCGGAGCAGGUCGCUACAACUCCCACAGCUGCCGUGUUCACGCCACACCCUCCCUCGCUUGCACUACGCUCGCCCUCUCCAGCAGCCCUCGCCACAGCGCCCACUCCCACUCCCACCACCUCCAACCCUCGCUCCUCCCUCGCCACCACACCAGCAGCCUCGGCCGCACUGCCUCAGCAGCAGCAACCUCAGCAGCAGCAGCCGGUAUUGCCGCCCUUGCCGCUGCUUCGAGCGGCCUCUCGCUCCAUUUCCCUGGCGGGCUUGGGUCAGCUGAGCUCAGGUGGUUGGAGCAGUGGCCGGAUCAGCGACUCUGGAGCCGCUACAACCCCGGCAGCAACGCCAGGCGCCGGUAGCAGCAACGGUGGCGGUAGCAAUGGCGUCGGCGGUGGCAACAUUGGCAGGCUUCUGUCGGAGGCCAUGGCGACGGAGGGAGCGGUGGUUGUGGUGGAGGCGAACAAGAGGUCCGCAGGCGCGGGCAUGCGGCCAGCGGAUGCCCCCCAGGGGACCGCUGUCGCCUCGCCUGCAUCAAUCGCAGAGGCAGUGCCGAUGCCGGCAGCAGCAACGUCGCCCGCUGGUGUGACCUCGCCGUCGAAGGGGGCGGCGGUUGCUGCGGUGCAGGAAGGGGAUGGAGCCAAUGACCGGUCGCUGCAGGUCCUGGGAUGGGAUCAGUGGAGUGGCCCGGCAUUUAACAAGGCCGCUGUUGCUGCGAUGGGCGACCCGGCAGAUGACGGCAACCUGGUUGGAAGCCUUGCGUGGUAAUUGAACUCGGAUAUGGAGGCUGAUGAGGGGAUGAAGUUCUGUUGGUGGAUCAGUUUAAGAGGUUCAGCUAGCUGCUGGGCCGAUACAAGUACCUGAAAUAUGCUUACAUUGAAGGUUUCGGUGGGCCACCGGGCCCUCAGUGAACCGUAGUCGCGAAGGGAGCAGUCCCGAAUGCGGCUUUGGUGGUGGUUUGUUAGUUAACAUUUGUUGAUUAGAGGCGCUAGUUAGUUGAUGGACCCACUUGAUGAAAAGGAAGGUCAAUUGAGACCGCCUUUUGUGUGUUUCUUUUGCCAUGCAUAUUGCCAGCAUUCUUCGUUGCGCCUUUCUUGCUUGAUAGUUGCCUUCACUUUGAUUGCCCUUCGCUGCUUAGGCUAGACGGAUUUUUUUGUUCUGAUAGUAAUCCAUCGAAAUUUGGCUGACUCAUUGCGGUUAGGACAGUUGCAACACUGACCAACCGCGAGCGCAGCAAUGCGUAGAAGACCGAAGCGCUGUGCAUCAUUUGCUAUAUACAUGCUGUCUGUUGUUACGUUUCAUUACAUGUUGGUCUCCUGUCGGCAGUCCUUUCCCAAGGCUGCAUCUGCGCUGCAAGGCGUGCGGUGUGUGCGGUCGCUGCGGUUUACUAUAACCUGUUGCUGCUAUAGAUAGCUGGCUGAGACAUGCCAUCUGCGCACCCCGCGUUCGCGCGGGGCGGUGAAGCGCACCGACGGGGCUCCACAAUUUGCUGCCUACCUAACAGGCGUUAAUGCCCUCAUGCAUAGCACUGCUGCUGCGUUCGUGUACGAUGUCUGGUCUGGUUGCGAGGAGUUUGGUUUAGAUGCUGGCCUGGCUGUGAGAGAGGGGUGCGUCGUGGGACACAUGCCGAGCUAGCUUCGCCUUGAGAGAUACACCUCCCUAUACAUACAAACUGUACAUAAAGCGCUUAUGGCUGGCUGACCAAAGCUGUACUGAGAACUUGUAACAAGCGUCCUGAUUUGAGCACCCCCUUGUCAUGGCUCAUGAUAAAGCAGCA